CCCGAGCAAGCCAUCUUUCAUCUGCUACCUGUUUUCUGCCGGCCAACGUACAGUCUCAGCCCGAUUCUGGCAGUUUCUGCGAACCUAGCUCAAGGGAAACUCCUCCGAUGGAGCCAACAUCGUCCGCCGUCGAUGCUAUCGCCGGCGUUUCUUCCGCGGGAGCUGGUGGACCCGCACCCUUUCUCGUCAAAACAUAUGACAUGGUCGACGAUUCUUCCACGGACGACAUCGUCUCGUGGAGCAACUCCAAGACCAGCUUUGUUGUCUGGAAUCCGCCGGAGUUCUCAUCCCGUCUCCUUCCCACCUACUUCAAGCACAACAACUUCUCCAGCUUUAUCCGACAACUCAACACUUAUGGUUUCCGGAAGAUCGACCCGGAACGUUGGGAGUUUGCGAACGAUGAAUUUGUCAAGGGUCAGAAGAAUAUGCUAAAAAACAUCCACCGCCGGAAGCCGAUUCACAGCCACAGCAACCCACCGCUUGUCGCCGCGGAUGCAGAGCGAGCAGUACUCGAGGAGGAGAUUGAGCGGCUUCAGCAAGAGAAGGUGGUGCUCCAGGCCGAUCUAAGGCGCUUCAAGCAGCAGCAGUCCGGGACCAAAAUCCAGCUCGAAGAUAUCGAGCGUAGGCUGCUGAAUAUGGAGCAAAGGCAGGCUAAAAUGGUCGCUUUUCUUCAGAGAGCCGUCCAAAACCCUAAGUUUCUUGAUAAUCUUGUUAUCAUGGCUGGCUCUUCGGCCUCUGCUCUCCAUAAGAAGAGAAGGCAUCCGGGAGUGGAGUAUUGUCCCGAGGUCGCGGAUAACAGCGUCUGUGAGAAUUCUUGUAGCAAUUCAAAGCCUACAACAGAAGUCGGCCAAGUCUUCAGCCAAGACUUUUGUGAUAAAUUGAGGCUGGAGCUGAGCCCAGCCUUUUCUGAAAGCAAUUUGGUGUCUCCCAGUAACCAGGGCUUCAAUGAAGGUAUUAGAAGUCCACAAGUGAGGCCGGGGGAUGAUGAUUGCCCUCUCAGGAUCGAAUGCCUACAUUUAGUACCUGAGACUCUUGAGCUUUCGGAUACCGGAGCUUCUAUCUGCCCUAGGAAGAAUUCAUUGUUAGCAGAUGAUGGGGAUGGGCUUAUUUCAUGCCACUUGAAACUUAGCCUUGCCUCUUCUUCAAUGCAUAUAGAUAGCUGCAAUAAUUUGAGCAGAAUUCCAAGCUCUGUUGAUCUUGGAGCAACAAUUGACAAUACGGGGGAUGAUAGUACUUACAUUUCUGGGCAAAAUAAGAAUGCUAAUCAGGUGUUGACUGAUGCUGAAGCUCCACCAUUUAGAGGGGUUUCUCAAGCAGGCAAACAAGCACCUUUACCUGCUAAUGGAGGAGUAAAUGAUAAAUUCUGGGAGCAUUUCCUGACAGAAAGGCCUGGGUCUUCGGAUACUGAAGAAGCAAGCUCUAGCCUGAGGGAGGAUCCUUGUGAAGUUCCACAAGAAGUGAGAAUGCCUGGGGAAGAAAAUAACCGGAUAAACAGAAAAGAUAUGGAGCAGCUGACACUUUAAAUGGCUUGGUUUGAGUGCGUUUGACAGAUCUAUGCUUCAAUCUGCUUGUUGGAUGGACAGUUUUGUAUGUGGUGUCACUGUCAUCUUCUUCUGCUUUCGGUUGGCUUUGUGUGCAGGCUCUGCUGGAUUUCUAUCCAUGUGGGACAAUGAUAAGUGGGUUCGGCAGGGUUGCUUUUUGAAAACCUGGAUGUGCUCUUUUUA